UAUUGGAAUUCUAUAAAAAUUUCUUGUAUUUUUUUUAAAUUUUAAUUUUAAAUGGCUAAAAAAGGACAACAGCAAAGUUUUCAAUAUGAAAUUAAUUCAGAUGAAGAACUAUUUAAAUAUUUGGAUCGUAAAGGACUGGUAGUAAUAGACGUUUACACCGAUUGGUGCGGACCUUGUAUUGGAAUGCUUAAUAACUUAAAGAAAGUUAAAUUAGAACUUGGUGGAGACAACCUUCAAUUGGCAGUAGCAAAAGCUGAUACAAUAGAUGCAUUAUCACGUUUUCGAAAUAAAAGUGAACCAACAUGGUUAUUUAUAGUUAAUGGAAGAGCAACAAGUAUUAUGUUUGGAGCAAAUGUUCCACGUUUAACACAAACAAUUACAAAAGAGCUGGAACUCUUAGGUCGUAAAACCGAACGUAAAACAUAUGCAAUAGAUGAACCACAACCAAUUGAAGUGGAAUUAAUUGAAGCUAAACAGAAACAAGAUGAAGAAAAUGCACGAGUUGAACGCGAAGCAGAAGAAUUAAAAAGAAAAGCAUAUUUAAAUUUUUGUACAAAUACAAUAAUGAAAAAUAUGCAAGAAACUGGAAUUUCAAUAUGCGGCCCACACAUUAAUAGGGAUGGUUUAAAAAAAGUUCUCGAAAUUGCUGAUAGAGAAAAACUUCAAACAAAAGAUCGAAAAGUAUCAAUGUUAGAGCCAUCACAAAUUGAAAUCCUUGAUUAUGCUAGCAGUAAUCCAAUAGAACCAAAAGUUUUAGAUCAUAUGUAUAAUAAAGAACUAAUUAUAAUUAUGUGGAAAUUGGCAGAAGGAGAAACACGUCCAAUUGAGGAGGCAUUAUUUGCAUUACGAGAUGGAAUAUCAAAACCAUAUCCUGAUGAAAAUGAACCAGAAGAAAUGCUACCACCAUUGUUUCCACCAUUAGAAAUAAAAGUUUAUGAAGACUUAUUAGAAAAACUUUCAGAAACUAAAAGUGAAAUGGUUAAUAAAGUAAAAAAUGCUACUGAACCAGCUGAAACAAAAAAUGAAGCCGAAACUGAUAUAGAAGCAAAAGAAACAAAUGAAAAUGAUGAAAAAGAGAAUGAAGUGGAAGAAGAAAAAACUGAAGAAGAACAACAGGAACCAAAAGACACUACUGAAGAAAAACAUCAAGAAGAAAAUGUUGUUGAAACUGAAAAAGAAAAACAACCAGCACUUCCACCAGCUAAAAUAAUUUAUAUACCAUCAUUGUGGACUCCAGCAAAUAAAAGGACUAAUGCUGCCGGAAUAUAUGUAUUCUUUCGACAUCAAACUCUUCCAUUUCUUCCGCCUGAUCCAAUUCCGGAUCCACCACAUCUUGUUGUAAUUUUUGAUGCAUACAAAAAGAAAGAAAUCAGAGAUCUGAUAACCAAAUGGAAUGAAGAUGUAUUAUCCUAUGGUUUUUUUACUAGUGAAGAUCCGAACGAGGCAAAAGUUGUAGCAAAUUCGGCAAAAAAUUAUGAAGAAUGUCAGGCAAAAGAUCUUACAACUGAUAAAAUUGUUGUUAAAAUAUCGAAAAAAACAAGUGAUUGUUUACUUGCCUUUUCAAAAUGUAAUCCAUCAUAUGUAAGUGAAAAUUGUGUUACUGGUGAACAAGAAGCGGCAAAAUUUUUCCCUAAAGAAUACAAAACUGGUGAACAAGAAGAAGCUGAAGCAGAAGCAGCCAAAGAAGCAGCAUCACGUGCAAAACGAAAGUCGAAAAAGAAAGAAGAACCAACACCUACAGACGAGGAAGGACAACCGCAGAACGAAGCCGAACCAACAGCACCACAAUAGAUUUAAUCACAUCAGUUAUAUAUUUUUAUAUACGUGUAUUAAUAUAUCGUAUAUUUAAAUAGUUUUUAACUUAAUUAAGCAUAAAUUUGUUUAAUAAAAAUUUUAUUGUAACAAAAUUUUAAAAUAAAUGUUA